AAAAAAAUUUUAAGUUAAAAAGCGAAACUCAAACAAACUCAAUUCGAGGAAGGGCCUGAAUAGAAUGGUACGUCGAAAGAGCAUGUUAAGCGGACUUGGAUUGGCGAACCAGUUGUCUUUGAGUGCCUAUCAGUAUCAACACUUUCUGACGCAUCCCCGCCAACGUACCACCUCCUCGGCCUGGUUUAAUGCCACUACGUCGCGAAGCUUCGGCAGCAAUGCCCCCCGAUCCCCACUGGGCCCACGCACUGCUCAAGUCCACUGUUUACCUUCGAUGCCCGAGUAUUGGCACAGCAUGUGCAACAAGCUGGUGGGUGCAAUGCCACGUAUGGCUGCGCCCCCAAUGCCUGAGACUCCCAGCAAGAAGCUGACCCGCCUCCGACGUCAACUAAUGAAGCAGCGCUCUCCCACUGCUACCAGCGGAGCAGACAACCAAAAUAUCAACUAUGCCCAGACGCAGUACAAACUUAACGGCUGGCCUCAGUGGUGUAGACCAUAUAUUGAACUGCCCAAGGACUAUAGUAUUGGUUUAGGCCCUGCUAGCCUCGAGAAGAUGCGUGCUGGCGAAUCCAAAAUCUUUACCAACUCAAGGCAUACGCUUACCAGCUCCAAGACAUGUCACAGCCUGACCAGCACGCCUGCCAGCCAAGGGCGAACGCAGUUCCACUCUAUGCCGUCGCAGCAGCAAUCUCCACAAAAGCCACAACCACAGCAGCAAAAGCUGAAGCAGUGCAGCAGUAAUAUCAGCAAUUUGAACUACAAGCCCUUCAAUUUCGGUCUGUGUGCAAAUAGUUUGAUAGAAUUUCGCGAUGGCGGUGAUGGGAGUUCCGAUUCCGGUGAAAUGAAUGUGGUGCCACCCAAAGCCCAAGCCGAAAAAACACCAGAGCAGCAACAGCAGCAGGAAAAGCAAAAAUUGUGCAAGCAAUAUGGAUUCCAAGGCCCAAUACCCACAAACUUUAGUCCAGUGAGCAUCCUUAAAAAGCGCUCUUGCACCAACAUACAGGAGGCAUUUCGAUACAAAGACUAUGAAUUCGGUGGUAGUUCCAGCAAAGGCAAGCGAGAACACCUCGAAGGACCGCAGGUAAUAUCGAUUCUACGACACGCAGAGCAAUACAGUCAAGCCAAAGAUAUGAGUACUACCAAAUUAGAAAAUGAAUUUCCAAAGCGUCUAUCGUCCAAGUCCAGUAUCUUAACGACAAAGUCCAAGCCAGAUGCUGCGCGGGAAAACCGGAAGAGAAUACCUUCGCAGUCCCAAAGCAUAGGAUUAAUUAAGGAUGAAUUAAAUAGGGCUAGUGCCGCCAGCGGUCUGAAAACGCAGCCAUCACAGAGUUCUUUGGGUGAACAAAUUAAGAAAAAGGACAAAACACGCGAAGAAGUGGACAUAGAUGCUUUGCGAAGGAUUUUACAGCCAUUAUCGAAGGAAGUCAAAAUGAAGUUGAUGCCAGAGAAGAGCGCAUCAAAGCAACGAAAAUUGAAUCUCAGUGAGUUGCGUAAGGAGAACAAGGUGCAGGGCAUUGAAAAAAGUCCUUUGUGGGACUCUAUUAUGCAGCUGGUGGUUCAUAUGUGUGCCGAUGACGUAGAAAACGGUCCAAAGGAACAACCGCCUCAGACCAAUGCCAGCGGCCAUGGCACACGUCUCAGUGCUGGCUCCGGCGCAAACGUUGAGCGACGGACGAAACAAUAUUCUGUUUAUUUGCUUGUCACCUCCGAUGAGGAAGAGGAUGAUGAUGAGGAACAGAAAGAGUUGCGAAACCGAUCCGACCAUGAGCACACGAAGAAAGAUGUGAACGAACGUCAGACACUCUUAAAAGAUCAAAGGACACGAGAUUUCACCAACAACAUCAAGGGAUCCAUUUCCAGUCAUGCAGCCACGAUGGAGACAAAAAAUAAAAAGUACACAAGACGCCGUGUAGCCCGCAGUCAAACGAAUGUGCUCAGUUCCAGUACUCCAUUGCAGAUCCGUCCACCCCUACACUGGCCGAAGACAGACUUCUCAAAGACGUCCAAGUCCAAGCUCUCAAAUGUGCGACCCACUUCUUAUGUGUCCUGUAAGGGGCAGAAAAGGCGCGCAAUUGAUUCUAAUUUAGCGAGCUGUUUCAGUUUGAAUAGAGCCUGCAGUAAUCUGUUAACACCAGAGCUAUCGCGCCGGAGCUAUACCCACACACCGACUCGAUCAACAAUGAUGUCACACAGCGUCAGUCGUCACUAACCCAAAAAUCCUAGCCCACAAUUUUAGCAGGGUCUUGUAUUUUACAUCGAUGGUAGAUGCACAUCAUGGAAAGAGCCAAUGCUAUGGGCACUGUCUUUGAUCUGCAAUUAUUGUCGAUGGAGAGGAUCAUCUGAUGUUAUUUUAUAUUGAGUUCUAGUUGUUUUUCAACAGUAUUCUUUUCAGAAAUAAAAGCCCAUUUGGGUAGAACUUGGCACUCA